AGUCUGAUGCUGGCAGGCAUUGAGGCAUAUUAUUUAUAUUUUUUUACUGGAAAUUAAAAUUAAAAUCAAAAUUUGUUCCGCUCAUUCGAAAAUCGAAAAUGCCUCACAUCGUGAGCCCGGUGUGCUCCAGCCUCAUCAUGCAAAUGCUGUUGGACGGCAAUCUGUAUGUGGCCAUCACUUGGGCCUUCGGUUACUUGCUGUGCUUGUUUAUUUAUGAAUGGCAUCGCUUGAAUCUGUACAUGCUGCUGCUCUAUGUGCUGACCGUGACUAUCGAGUCCAUGCGCAUCUAUAUGGGCUACAUCCUCAACCUGAGCCCCAAAGGGCCGCACUCCAAGCUGGUGCUCUUCGUGGCCCUGGCCGCCUGUUUGCCGAUGAUGUGCGUCAGCUGGUAUCUUUACGACGAUCACGGCCUCUGGAUGCGCGUCAUCUACAAUAUCUGGUCCGUCUUCAUAGUUCUCGAGCUGUUUGUCGCUGUGGGCAUCAUCUGGAGGCGUAUCACCAAUGUGCCACACUUGCCCGACUGGUCGGCAAUAGAGGCCAAUCAGAGGGCUCGGCGUCGCCGCCGCCGUUGCGCUCCGUGCAGAGCUUACUUGUAAAUCGUUGAAUCCGUUAAAAAUUGUUCAAUCCGUUCAAAAUCGUUCAAAUUGUUAAUUGUUAAUGCAGUACUGCAAAUAAAA